AUGAUUCCAAGCCGAGGCCUUGCCAGGGCGGCGCUUUUCGCAACCCAGCGGCCCCCUCUCACUUCAAGAUGCGCGACAUCACUUCUUCGACAACGGCUAGGAAGAAUACACCACCAGAAUCAAACUGGAAGUAAUCGCGUGUGGAUUACGACUGCCAACCCCGGGGACCUUGCAGCGAACCCCCCAAUUGCUUCCUCGGCGGAAGAAGGGGCCGACAAGAGUGGUCACAUCACGACAGAAUCCAAUGAGGCCAUCCUCUUCUUCGACAAUAUUUUCCCUCUCAAGCUCAGCAGUGUACUUGUCCGUCCUUGGAAAUCGGACCACGACGUUUCCGACCUUCUAAGACGGUUCGAGACGUCUUCGUUGGGAAUCCUAGACCCCAUCCGCCUCGUCAAGACUGCCAUCCCAGAAGACCUACCUAUCCGAGUCACCGAAAUCCUGCCACGCCUCAAAGAUGGAGGCGCAUAUGUCAAGUUCAAAUAUGAUUCCAGCAUAGAUCCUGCCGAGAUCGAAGCUCAAUUGGGAAAGCGAUUGAGAGAAAAGCCGAUUAAACCAUGGUUCUCCAUCUUCCGUCCUGUAAACGCUCGUCUUGUACAAGGCACACCUUGGUUAGAGGACCUGUAUAGGUACCCUACCAGCUUUGUCAAAAUCGAAUUCGUUCCUCCAUCUCCUGGCAUUACUCCUGAAGAGCUUCCCGAAGAGACACUUUACUCUUUGUUCCGCAAAUACGGAAAGAUUGCAGAUAUUACCCCGCAGCCCACUGACUCAAAGAUCACACCACGAUAUGCCCACAUCCAAUUCCCUGUAACAAGGGAUGCGAUCACAGCUCGCAAUUGUAUGCAUGGCUUUAUAGUGAGUGAGGUCUUGGGAGGUGGCAGCAAAGGGACUAAACUUCGUCUAUCCUUUGAGAAGCGUGUUAAGGCACACAGCAUCUGGAACUGGUUGACUAACCAUCCUCGUAUUGUUGUUCCUAUUCUCGCUGCCCUGAUUGCCGGUCUCUCAGUAUUGAUCUUUGACCCGAUCCGAGAAUUCUUCAUCAAGCUUCAUAUCCAGCACUCUCUGGAGUUCAAGGAUUCGCGUGUCUACAAGUGGUUCAAGAAACAAUCCGGCAAUUUCGGACUCUCACAGAAAUCGAGGAGUGAAGAUGGUCUUGAGGAAGUCUGGAACCACAGACGAGACGCAAUUGUACAAGUGCAAGGCUGGCUUGAUGAGACUUCUGACACUUUUAUCGUUGUCACAGGUCCCAAAGGCUCCGGAAAGGUUGAAAUGGUAAUGGAUCAGGCUUUGGAAGGUCGCAAGAAUGUGCUCAAGAUUGACUGCAGACGUAUCGUCGAGGCAAGAGGAGAGGCAGGUACCAUCAAGCGUCUAGCAACGGCUGUUGGUUAUCGUCCUGUCUUUUCUUGGGCAAACAGCAUGAGCAGCAUGAUUGACCUUGCUGUUCAGAGCACCACUGGUGUCAAGGCUGGCUUCUCGGAAACUCUCGAAUCUCAACUCAACAAGAUAAUGCAAACCACUACCGGCGCCCUCAAGGAUGUUGCUGUCUCUUCGCGCAGCAAAAGAGACAGUGACUACAGGCUUUCCGAAGAUGCUUGGUUGGAAGCUCACCCCGAACGCAGACCCGUCGUUGUUGUCGAUAAUUUCCUCCACAAGGGCGAGGAGAACAGCAUUAUCUACGACAAAAUCGCUGAGUGGGCUGCCACUGUAGUCCAGAACAAUGUCGCCCAUGUUAUCUUCCUUACCACUGAUUCAGCUUACUCGAAGCCUCUUGACAAGGCCCUCCCUGAUCGACUCUUCCGUACCGUUUCCCUUGGUGAUCUCGCACCCGAGGUGGCCAAGAACUUUGUUCUGAGCCGUCUAAAGGAUCAACUUGCUGCCGACGAGAAGGCACGAAAGGAGUUGGGUGACGACGCACCACCAAAGACAACUAUCCCACGACCCAACAUGUUGGAGCUCGACCAGUGCAUUGAUACACUUGGCGGCCGUCUUACGGAUUUGGAAUUUCUUGCUCGACGCCUUAGAACUGGCCAGUCUCCCAAGCAGGCUAUGGACGAAAUCGUUUCCGAGACAGCUACCGACAUCGUUAGGAUUUACCUUCUUGGCAAGCCAUCUGAUAUUGAGGGCAAAAAAUUUUCUUCUCAACAGGCCUGGCAUUUGAUCAAGUCUCUUGCGAAGAGCCCUAAGCUGCGUUACAACGAAGUCCUUCUUUCCGCACCAUUUUCCUCCGCCGCGCCGGCAGCUGCCUCCAAUGCCGAUGCUGCCAUCGACAGCCUCGUCAGCGCGGAGCUCAUUGCCGUGAAGACUCACCAGGGCCGCCCAAUGACCAUUACAGCUGGCAAACCUCUGCACCAAGCAGCUUUCUCUGUCCUCCUCGAGGAUCGUGUUCUCCGCGCCAAGAUGGAUUAUGAUGUUCUCAACGACUCUUCCAAGGCUGAGGCUCGUUCAAUUGAAAAGGUCGAGAAUGAGUUGGCUUUGUUGGGCACCAUGCCUAAGCAGCCAGGAGAGACCGCCGGUCGUAUCAACUUCUUGCUUCGCAAACUUGAAGACAGUCAGGCUAAGAUCGCCAAGUGGGAUCAGGAGAUGACCAAACUGAAGAAGCUUCUCAGCGAGGAAUUUUAG